AUGGAGUUUCCAUUUGAUAUUAAUGCUGUAUUACCUCAUGAAAUAACUAUGAUUAAUGGAGAUUAUCGGAUACUUAAUCACGGACAAACAGCUAGAAUAUUAGCUUCGGAGAAACUGACAUCUAUUAUUGAUGUCAUGGGCGAAGCUUCAUAUAAAGCACAGGGAUUACCUGGUCCAGUUACUACUGCACGUAAAUUUCGUAUAACUGAUCAUCGUUUAUAUCUUGUUAAGAAUUCAACUGAUAAUAAUAACUUAGGUUCUGUUGUUGGUUUAUUAAAAGUCGGUACAAAGCAUUUAUUUGUUUAUGAUUCACACGGUCAAGUACAUGAACGAACUCCAUUAUGUUUAUUAGAUUUUUUUGUUCAUGAAAGUAAACAACGAUCAGGAUAUGGAAAAAAAUUGUUUGAAGCUAUGCUUGAAUUUGAAAAGUGUAAUGCAUAUGAAUUAGCUAUUGAUCGUCCAUCAAAUAAAUGUCUUGGCUUUCUUCAAAAACAUUAUAAUCUAUCAGCACCAAUUCGUCAAGUUAAUAAUUUUGUUGUUUUCAGUGCAUUUUUUAAUCGAUCACCUAUUUCUCAAAAUCGAAAAUUAUCAGCAUCAAAGCAACGCCAUGAGACAAGUUUACCAAAUGAUCUUUUUCAACGUCAAGAAUCAACUAAUUGGUUAUUAUCAUCGGAAAAGCAACAGCAACAAUAUCGUCGACCAUUCACAGAACAAAGUGAAAGUAAUCGUAAUAAUAGAUUACGAACAUUAUCUGAUGAAAAUGAAUUAUUUAAUAAUCGACGACAAGUUACAAAUAUUGGAAAUUCAUCGGUUAAUAAUGAACGAAAACCUUUCUCAGCUUUUACAACAUCAUAUGGUCAUCAUUAUAAUCAAAAUUCUUUAUUAAGUGAAACAACUAAAACUAAUGAAAUCCGUCAUUCAGCACCAUACAUUCAUCGAACACAAUCCGAAUUAUUCAAUGAAAACAAUCCUUUUCCAAGUCUUCAACGUUAUAAUACAAAUCCGGUAAUAUCUACGCAUAAACAAUCAAUAUCAAAUCCACAACAAAAUUAUACAUAUAAAGAUUAUCAAUCAUCGUCAUCAUCAUCAAUAAAUAAACCACCACAAACUGAACCACUUACUUCAAUCUAUACGUUUCCAUCAUUAAUUAAAACCAAUAAUAAUUGGCGUAGACCACAUCAACAACAACAACCUACUAUUGAUUCAUCAUCAUCAGCAUGGAGACUUUUUGGUGUACAUCGUUGA